UGGCAUAGUGAACACGAGUUGUGCGGACGCGUUGUAGUUACUGUGAUUUAAUUUCCAAUUUGACAGUUGUAAUUGGUUUUGUAUUGAUAUCGUUUUGGUUUUGUAUUGAUAUCGCCAAGAUGAGUGCCCUCAUCUUCCUGGCCACUAUUUUAAUUGGCUUCCUCAUAUAUUCCCUGAUUAGUUCCAUGAGACGUCCCAAGAAUUUUCCACCAGGUCCUGGAUUUCUGCCCUGGAUGGGGAAUACCUUGCAAUUCCGUAGAGAGGCACGCGCUGCUGGAGGACAGCACAUACUCUUCGAGCAGUGGUCAAAGCGAUAUCAGAGCCAGCUGCUGGGCUUAAAGCUGGGCCAGGAGUACGUGGUGGUGGCACUGGGCCAUGCGCUGGUGCGUGAGGUGCAGUUGCAGGAGGUGUUCGAGGGUCGGCCGGAUAACUUUUUUCUGCGCCUGCGCACCAUGGGCACCCGGAAGGGCAUCACCUGUACGGAUGGACAGCUGUGGUACGAGCAUCGUAACUUUGCCAUGAAGCAGAUGCGUCAUGUGGGCUACGGACGCAGCCAAAUGGAGCAGCAAAUUGAGAGCGAGGCGGAGCAGCUGAUGCAGCAACUCGGACGGACGGAAGCGGCACCAAUAGAGCCAGUGAAUUGGUUGGCUCAGAGCGUGCUGAAUGUGCUGUGGUGUCUGAUAGCUGGCGAGAGAAUCGCUAGCAAUGAGGACAGCACACUACGUCGACUGCUGGAGCUAAUGAAUCGACGAUCCAAGCUGUUUGACAUAUGCGGCGGACUGUUGGCCCAGUUCCCCUGGUUGCGUCAUGUGGCCCCGAAUCGCACUGGAUAUAAUCUUAUACGCCAGCUGAAUGCCGAACUGCACGGUUUCUUUAUGGAGACAAUCAGUGAGCAUCGACGUCGCAUGCUGGAGUGUGAGCAGAGAGGAGAGCAGCUGCCAGAUGGGGAUCUCAUCUACGCCUAUCUGCAGGAGAUGCAGACUAAGCACAAGGAUACGGACAGCUUUAACGAGACGCAGCUGGUGAUGACGAUACUCGACUUUUUCAUUGCCGGCUCCCAGACAACGAGCAAUACCAUUAACCUGGCUCUAAUGAUGCUUGCCAUGCGCCAGGAUCUGCAGGAGCAACUGUACGACGAGGUGAACGCCAAUAUCAGUAACGGCAGCACAGAUACAGAUGCCUUUCCCCAUCUGAGUCGACGUGAAUCCUACCACCACAUGGAGGCCUUCAUCAUGGAGGUGCAACGCUUCUUUCACAUCACUCCCAUUACGGGUCCACGUCGUGCACUGUGGCCAACAAAACUAGGUGACUUUGAUAUACCCAAGAAUGCGACGAUUCUCAUCAGCCUGCGAUCGGUGCAUUUGGAUGAGCAACACUGGACGAAACCACACGAGUUCCGGCCGGAACGUUUCAUUGAUGCAGCUGGCAAGUGCUUCAAGGAUGAGUACUUCAUGCCCUUCGGCUUGGGACGACGUCGAUGCCUUGGCGAUGCCUUGGCACGCGCCUGCAUCUUCUCGUUUCUUGUGAGGAUCGUACAGCAUUUUUGCAUCGUUCUGCCAGAGGGUGAGACGCCAUCGCUAAUCCUCCAGCCAGGCAUCACCCUCACACCCAAACCGUACAAGGUACAAUUUGUAAAGCGUCAUUGAAUUUGGUCAACUGAAUAACGAACAAGCUCGUGCGCAUCUCUAAUUCGGAAUGAUAAAAAUACAAAGUUAACAUGUCUGUAAAUGAUUUAUUCGUUUCUUAUAUUUAUAUAUUCGUUUUACAAUUUCUAUAAAUUGUAUUUUAGUGUGA